CAGAAGUGGCAUUUCUGAAAGACAUCACCACAAAAAACCUGUGGCCGAAAAGAAAGCAAGGUCGUAUGUCCCGGCCCAAAUACAGCAGGCUACCCCGCCACGAAGAUUAUCGUCCGUAUGUUCUGUCCCCCCACUCCAAAUUUUGGACACACCUCCAAGACGUCAUCCACACUCCCCUCAUCUUGAUUCUUCUAGUCCUGGGAACAGCAUCCCUCCACAACAACAGCAACACAGUGACAUGGAGGAGACAAACAUCUUAGAAAUGCAGCCAUUAAUGCAAGGAAUGAGCCCCCCAGCACCUGUGAGUACACCACCACAGCAAAGCACACCACCACCACAACACAGACCAACAACACCAGGAACACAAGGCCCUGAUCAGGUGUUUUGGUCCAUUUGGGCUAGACAGCAGGCCACUAAUGAAGAUUGCCUGCGUAAGCAGACACAAAUGUUUGCAAGCCUACCAUCUCACCUCAGAAGAAUAUCAAGAAAUCUGAGUAGACAAAAUGAACAAACAACCAGAAUAGGCAAUACCAUGGAACUCAUGCGUACAGACAUUACACAGGUCAUGGGCAACUUACAGUGCAUAAUGGAAGAACAAGACAGACAACAGCAAAGUUAUAUGAGCAUUUUUCAAAACAAUCAAAAGAUUAAUGAAAGUUUAUUCCGAAUAGUAGACAAUAAAAAUGCUGCUACACGUGAACUCAAUGCCACCCUCACUAACCUGAAUGAAACACUCAGAUGCAUGCACCAACAGCAAACAAGCAGCAGUUCUGGUACGACUACUCCAAAUAUCACGCCAGUCUCAUCACCACCAAGACGCUCCACCAGAGCACGACAACAUGACAGUGCUAAAGGCAAAGGGCAGGACAAGCAGCCACCAAAAAAAAACGUGAAAAAAAUACAAGUUAGACAUUUGUGAUAAGUAACUCAGAAUAGUUAGUAAGUGUAUUUUUGGCCAAAAAUAUAUAACACUUAGCUCCUUGACACUUUUUUCAACAUCAUUAAUUAUAAGUGGUACAAACAAAAACAUAAAAUUUGUACGCACAUUUAUUCUUUACCAAUUUUUUUUGUAUUGUAGGAGGGAAAUGUUGAUGGUAAACUGACCACUUGAUUUUUUUCUAAUCAUGACUCUUUCUAGAAUCCAAUCAUUAUCUUUCCCUGCAGACACAAUAAUUGCCAGCCAGGCAGAAUGUCUUUAGCAGGAAGUAAACUGACCACUUGAUUUUUUUCUAAUCAUUACUCUUUCUAGAUUCCAAUUAUUCUCUUUCCCUGCAGACACAAUAAUUGCCAGCCAGGCAGAAUGUCUUUAGCAGGAAGUACACUGACCACUUGAUUUUUUUCUAAUCAUUACUCUUUCUAGAUUCCAAUCAUUCUCUUUCCCUGCAGACAAUCCAAAUUACAAUGUUAUUGAUACAUAUUUUACCUUUCUUCUCUAUACAACAUUACAAGAAGAACACAAUUGAGUUGCGUAAAAAGCUUGUAAUAUGUUGGCUUUGUUUUGUUGAAAAAACAUUCACAAAAUGAAUGUCAGUAUUGUUGGUACAUGUUUGUGUGUGUUAAAAAUUAGUAAGAAUGUUUUUACACAUGAUGCUGAAACAAACAAAUAUGUACUUUUACAACAAAAAUCAAAGAAUGUGUAUAAUAAUGUAUAUGUGUGGCAAACUGUGUAUUUACUUACACAUCAUCAAGUUUACAGCAUCAAACAUUAGGAAAUAAAUUAUUCCAGAUUACA